UCGAACCCAUGGAAUGUGAUUGGAAACUGCCCGCGGGCGGGUCUUUCUGUGUGGGCGCUCUUGUUUAAUGCGCCAAGUGUUCGGUGAAAUGUCUCAAUCAAAAUGAUGGAAACUACUCGUCCAUCUCCUGGUCCAUUUCUUCUUUGCCCUUUCUUCGUUCCUUGUAGUUGAAUGUCAAUUCGGUAUGGCUGGAGAAGGUGCAUUAUUUCCGUCAACCAUUUUCGUCGAAUUCGGUCGAGCGUGUUUACCAGCGAAGCGAAACACGCUUCGCGUUCUGGUGGGAGUUUUUGAAAUUCCAUUGAUAUUGACCAGCCAUCUGUCAAGAAUCAAUGUUCAUGUCAAGAUUUUUAGGCAGAGCACUUUUUGCUGCUGCUAGAACAGAAUCUUCUGCCGGGACAGCUGCUGCUGCUUCUGCAGCUACAUUUGGGACAGGACACAACCCUCUUGAGGCAUUCUUUGAGGCAGAUAGAAACCCAGAGAAUGACACACCUGUUGUUUACGGUCGAAGUUGGAAGGCUACUGAACUGCGCCUAAAGUCGUGGAACGAUCUUCACAAGCUUUGGUAUGUUCUGCUCAAGGAAAAAAACAUGCUGAUGACUCAACGGCAGAUGCUUCAUGCACAAAAUCUGAGGUUUCCCAAUCCAGAACGCCUCCCCAAGGUGAGGAAAUCAAUGUGCCGUAUCAAGCACGUGCUCACUGAGAGAGCAAUUGAAGAACCAGAUCCCAGGAGGUCUGCUGAGAUGAAGAGGAUGAUAAAUGCUUUGUGAUGGAGACUAUAUCGUACUAAACCCGCAAGCCUGCAAGCUUUUGUCGAGUGACCUUCGCUUCUUUAGUAUUUCAGAAACAAGAAACAGAUUGUUAACCUGCCAAUGAUCUUCUGAAUGUUUUUUUCUCUUUGAUCUCCACAUAGGUCAGAGUACAUGUCGAUCUGGUGAAACACUCUCUUAUUGUUUAUGACUCAUGAUAAUGGGGUGGAGAUGCCCGCUUUAUGAAAAAGCAUGCACGAUAUCACAUAAUGAUAUGUGCUUUUCGGCCUGAUA